GGAUGGCUGCCACCGCUGUAGCUGCGGCCACUUCUUAGUGCUGCCCUCCUCGUCCGGCGAGCCAAAGGCGGCGCGGUCUCCUCCUUUGUCUAAUUUUGCUGCGCGUCGUUCCGAAGUGCCCGCUUUCCUGCGGCCGGCAGCAUGGGCCGGGAGUCUCGACACUACCGGAAGCGAUCAGCAUCACGAGGACGCUCUGGAAGUCGAUCUAGAAGUCGAUCACCCUCAGACAAAAGAAGUAAACGUGGAGAUGACAGACGGUCUAGAAGCAGAGAUAGAGAUAGAAGGAGAGAGAGGUCUCGUAGCAGGGAUAAAAGAAGAUCUCGGUCAAGAGACAGGAAGCGUCUGAGACGUUCCAGAAGUAGAGAGAGAGACAGAAGUCGAGAACGCAGAAGAUCUCGAAGUCGAGACAGGAGACGCUCAAGGAGUAGAAGCAGGGGCCGGCGAUCCCGCUCCUCCAGUCCUGGUAAUAAAAGCAAGAAAACUGAAAACAGAUCCAGGUCCAAAGAGAAAACAGAUAGCGGGGAAAGCUCUAAAGAAAAGAAAAAAGACAAAGAUGACAAAGAGGAUGAAAAAGAAAAAGAUGCUGGCAACUUUGACCAGAAUAAAUUAGAAGAGGAAAUGAGAAAACGAAAAGAAAGAGUAGAAAAAUGGCGAGAAGAGCAGCGCAAAAAGGCCAUGGAAAACAUAGGGGAACUGAAAAAAGAAAUUGAAGAGAUGAAACAAGGGAAAAAAUGGAGUUUAGAAGAUGAUGAUGAUGAUGAAGAUGAUCCUGCAGAAGCCGAAAAAGAAGGAAAUGAAAUCGAGGGUGAAGAGUUAGAUCCAUUAGAUGCUUACAUGGAAGAAGUGAAAGAGGAAGUAAAAAAGUUUAACAUGAGAAGUGUUAAAGGUGGUGGAGGGAAUGAAAAGAAGUCUGGACCAACAGUCACAAAAGUGGUCACUGUUGUGACUACCAAAAAAGCAGUUAUAGAUUCAGAUAAGAAGAAAGGUGAGCUCAUGGAGAAUGAUCAGGAUGCCAUGGAGUAUUCUUCAGAAGAGGAAGAAGUUGAUCUUCAGACAGCCCUUACAGGCUAUCAGACAAAACAGAGAAAGCUUCUAGAGCCUGUAGAUCAUGGAAAAAUUGAAUAUGAACCAUUCAGGAAAAACUUUUAUGUUGAAGUUCCAGAAUUAGCAAAAAUGUCUCAAGAAGAGGUAAAUGUAUUUCGUUUGGAAAUGGAGGGCAUCACAGUCAAGGGAAAAGGUUGCCCAAAACCAAUUAAAUCUUGGGUCCAGUGUGGAAUUUCCAUGAAGAUUUUAAACUCUCUCAAAAAGCAUGGCUAUGAAAAGCCCACCCCAAUCCAAACUCAAGCCAUUCCUGCUAUAAUGUCUGGAAGAGAUUUGAUUGGUAUUGCCAAGACAGGAAGUGGAAAGACCAUUGCAUUUCUGUUGCCUAUGUUCAGACACAUCAUGGAUCAGAGGUCAUUGGAAGAAGGAGAGGGGCCAAUAGCUGUCAUCAUGACUCCAACUCGAGAACUGGCUUUACAGAUUACCAAAGAAUGUAAGAAGUUUUCCAAGACCUUGGGACUUCGAGUGGUCUGUGUUUAUGGUGGAACAGGAAUCAGUGAGCAGAUUGCUGAGCUGAAAAGAGGUGCUGAAAUUAUUGUUUGCACACCUGGUCGAAUGAUUGACAUGUUAGCUGCUAACAGUGGUCGAGUCACAAAUCUCCGAAGAGUGACAUACGUUGUUUUAGAUGAAGCAGACAGAAUGUUUGACAUGGGUUUCGAACCACAGGUCAUGCGGAUUGUGGAUAAUGUCCGUCCUGAUCGACAGACAGUUAUGUUUUCAGCUACUUUCCCCAGAGCUAUGGAGGCUUUGGCUCGGAGAAUCCUCAGUAAACCCAUUGAAGUUCAGGUUGGAGGCAGGAGUGUGGUUUGCUCCGAUGUAGAACAACAAGUGAUUGUGAUUGAAGAAGAAAAAAAAUUCUUGAAGUUACUGGAGCUUCUAGGCCAUUACCAGGAAUCAGGAUCUGUCAUUAUAUUUGUGGAUAAGCAAGAACAUGCUGACGGUCUUCUGAAGGAUUUAAUGAGAGCAUCUUAUCCUUGCAUGUCUCUUCAUGGAGGCAUUGAUCAGUAUGACAGAGAUAGCAUCAUAAAUGACUUUAAGAACGGGACCUGCAAACUUCUCGUUGCCACCUCUGUUGCUGCCCGAGGUCUAGAUGUGAAACAUUUGAUUCUUGUAGUAAAUUACAGCUGUCCCAACCAUUAUGAGGAUUAUGUGCACAGAGCAGGACGGACUGGAAGAGCAGGCAACAAAGGUUAUGCAUAUACUUUUAUCACAGAAGAUCAAGCUCGCUAUGCUGGUGACAUAAUUAAAGCUCUUGAAUUGUCAGGGACUUCAGUGCCUCCUGAUCUAGAGAAACUUUGGGGUGAUUUCAAAGAUCAACAGAAAGCUGAAGGGAAAAUAAUUAAAAAGAGUAGUGGAUUCUCUGGUAAGGGAUUCAAGUUUGAUGAGACAGAACAAGCCUUGGCUAAUGAGAGGAAGAAGUUACAAAAAGCAGCUCUUGGUCUACAAGAUUCAGAUGAUGAGGAUGCUGCAGUUGAUAUUGAUGAGCAAAUUGAAAGCAUGUUUAAUUCAAAGAAGAGAGUGAAAGAUAUGGCAGCUCCUGGAACAUCUAGUGUUCCUGUUCCCACGGCAGGAAAUGCUGAGAAAUUAGAAAUUGCCAAGAGAUUGGCUCUUAGAAUUAAUGCUCAGAAGAAUUUGGGCAUUGAGUCUCAGGAUGUGAUGCAACAGGCCACCAAUGCAAUUCUCAGAGGUGGCACCAUUUUGGCUCCCACAGUAUCUGCAAAAACCAUUGCAGAGCAACUCGCUGAAAAGAUCAAUGCCAAGCUCAACUACGUGCCUUUGGAGAAACAAGAAGAGGAAAGACAGGAUGGUGGACAAAAUGAAUCUUUCAAGAGAUAUGAGGAGGAAUUAGAGAUCAAUGACUUCCCACAGACUGCUAGGUGGAAAGUUACUUCGAAGGAGGCGUUGCAGAGAAUUAGUGAAUAUUCUGAAGCCGCAAUUACAAUCAGAGGAACAUAUUUUCCACCUGGCAAAGAACCCAAGGAAGGAGAACGGAAAAUUUACUUGGCAAUUGAAAGUGCCAAUGAGCUGGCUGUGCAAAAAGCAAAAGCAGAAAUCACCAGGCUCAUAAAAGAAGAGCUGAUCCGGUUGCAAAAUUCAUAUCAACCCACAAAUAAAGGGAGAUACAAGGUCUUAUAAAACAUCUGGAAAAAGCUUUUUACCUGUACUGGUCUGUGAUACACGUGGCAGUUGUCUGCAGUUUACAGUGUAUUGUAAAUUAAGAUAUUUUAAAUUCUGUCUUGCUGAUUUUUUUAAACACAAGAAACCAGUAUUUGCUAAAAAAAUAUCUUUCAGUAAGUAGCCCAAGAACUAUCAACCUAUAUUUAAAUUAGGCCUGUUUUCAUAGUAUGUCCUUUAAAAUUUAAAUGUCAAUAUUUUAAAUAUCUGAAUAGUAUUCCAGAAGUUUGACAAAAUGGAAAUUUUGGACUUCCUGUUGAAGGUAAUAGUAAUAAAGUACACAAGUCGCUAAAGGUCUAUUCUCCUUAUCCUCUUGCAAUGAAAUUGUGAUCGCCUCCUUAAAAGGUAAAAUUCUCCAAUUUUGUGUGACCUCUCCCCACCCUCCCCACCCCCUUGAGCUUAAAUCUCAUUGGACUCAGUGGAACAGUAUGAAAUGGAUUUAAGAAUGUUACAACUAAAUUUUUACAAAAAGAAUUGGGAGUUUUUGUUUCAAUUUUUACUGUUGUAAAUGGGGAACAGAUGGGCUGCUUUUUGGUUUUGUAAAAUUAAAGAUUU